UCCGGAGCUCAGUGUUCUGGCGCCUGCCUCCGGUUCAGUUUCUCCGCUCUCGAAGAGCGAAACUGAGAAUCGAAACUGCGCUGGAUUCCAUGCAGCAGGAUCCGGAACCUGCCGGAUCUCCGGGGCCCCAGGAGGACCCCGCACUGCCCCACUCCCCCAGCAUGCCUCCCCCGGAGUCACUCUCCGAAGGCCACCAGUCCAGCCACAGCGACAGCCCCACAGAGCAAGCCACGGAGGAAGAGUUCCAGUUCUUGCGCUGCCAGGGCUGCCGGGCAGAAGCUAAGUGCCCCAAGCUGCUGCCUUGUCUGCACACGCUGUGCUCAGGAUGCCUGGAGGAGUCUGGCAUACAGUGCCCUGUCUGCCGGGCGCCCUGGCCCUCAGGUGCCGGCACGCAGGCCCUGGACAACGUCUUCUUCGAGAGCCUGCAGCGGCGGCUGUCGGUGUACCAGCAGAUCGCACGCGAGCAGGCGUUUUGCACCCGCUGCAAAGAGCUGGCCCACUACUGGUGCUUCGAGUGUGAGCAGCUCAUCUGCGCCAAGUGCUUCGAGGCGCACCAGUGGUUCCUCAAGCACGAGGCCCGGCCGCUGGCGGAGCUCCGCAGCCAGUCGGUGCGGGAGUUUCUGGACGGCACCCGCAAGUCCAACAACAUCUUCUGCUCCAACCCCAACCACCGCAGCCCUAUGCUGACCAGCAUCUACUGCCGAGGCUGCUCCAAGCCCUUGUGCUGCUCGUGCGCUCUCCUGGAUAGGGACCACGGCGAGCUCAAGUGCGACAUCAGCAUGGAGAUCCAGCAGCGGCAGGAUGAGCUGGACACCAUGACCCAGGACCUGCAGGAGCAGGACCGCAGCUUCGGGGCAGCGCAGGCGCAGAUGCGCUCUGCCAUCAGCCAGCUGGGCCGCGUACGCGCCGACACUGAGGAGUUCAUCCGUGAGCGCGUGCGCGAGGUGGUAGCGCACGUGCUAGAGCAGGAGCGUGAGCUGCUGGAAGGCGUGGGUGCGCGGUACCAGCGCGACUAUGAAGAGAUAGCGGGCCAGCUGGGCCGGCUGGAUGCUGUACUGCAGCGGAUCCGUAUGGGCAGCGUGCUGGUGCAGAGGAUGAAACUAUACGCCUCGGAUCAGGAGGUGCUGGACAUGCAUGACUUCCUGCGCAAGGCACUCCACCAGCUGCGCCAAGAGGAGCCCCAGAGUCUGCGAGCCACUGUGCACACAGACAGCUUCAACGAAUUCAGGGUGCGCCUGCAGGGGCUCGUCUCUUGCAUCACCCAGGGUAGAGAUGCAGCUCUAUCCAGGAGAGCCAGCCCAGAAGCUGCCAGCACUCCCAGAGACACUUGUGGCACUGACCCGCCAGAGGAGGUGCCGAGGGACCAGAUGCAAGCCGCGGGAUUGGCCGUGGUACAGCCGGUGCCAGGGGCACACCCUGUGCCAGUGUACGCCUUCUCCAUCCAAGACCCCUCCCGCAGAGAAGAGGGCACCCACACGGCCAUACCGCAGAAGAGGAAGGCCUGCCAGACCGAGUGCCCCCGGAAGGUCAUCAAGAUGGAGUCUGAGGAGGGGGAAGAGUCUAGGUUGGCUCAGAGCUCCCCUGAGCAGCCCAGGCCCAGCACCUCCAGGGCAGUCUCGCCACCCCACCUGGAUGGGCCCUCCAGCCCCAAGAGCCCCAUCAUAAGAGAUGAGCUUCCCUUGCCUGAGAGCAACCAUCAAACCGGCGACCCUGCAGAGACAGAGGAGCGCGUCGUGGUGAUCAGCAGCUCGGAAGACUCAGAUGCUGAAAACCCGGACUCCCGAGAGCUGGCCGACAACAGCAGCGAGUCCAGUGACCUCCAGCUGGAGGGCCCCAGCUCCCUCGGAGUCCUGGACGAUGGCCUCUCCAACUCCCUGGUGGAAGACAAGCCCCUGGUUUUCUUUGACCUCAAGAUUGACAAUGAAACCCAGAAGAUUAGCCAGCUGGCAGCCGUGAACCAGGAAAGCCAGUUCCGCGCGCUCAUCCAGCCCGAGGCGCUCAACGUGUACUCCAAGGCUGUCUCCCUAGAGGUGGGACUGCAGCACUUCCUGUAUUUCCUGGCAAGCAUGCACCAGCCCAUCCUGGCCUGCUAUAAGCUGUGGGGACCCAGUCUCCCCAGCUUCUUCCAGGCCCUGGAGGAGAUGAACAUGCUGGGGAAGUUCCAGAAGUCCAUCUCGGGCUUCCUGGCCACCCUGCCCCUCAUCCGGGAGUGCGUGCCGGGGGCCAGCAGCUUCAAACUCAAGAGCCUGGCCAAGACCUACCUGGCAAGAAACAUGAGCGAACGCAGCGCCCUCGCGGCCGUGCUGGCCAUGCGCGACCUGUGCCGACUCCUCGAGGUGUCCCCUGGCCCCCAGCUGGCCCCACACAUCCACCCCUUCAGCAGCCUGCAGUGCUUCUCAUCCCUGCAGCCCCUGGUGCGGGCGGCCAUCCUGCCCCGGGCCGAGGCCCGCUUGCUGGCCCUCCACAAGGUCACCUUCAUAGAGCUGCUGACCGCACACCACCAUGACCCCCAGGGCGGCCUGAAGAAGUAUAACCGCUUCCUGAGCCUCCAGACUCCCACGUCGUCCCAGCCUGCGCUCGACCUGCAGUCUCUGGGCACCUACUUCGAAGGCCUGCUGGGGGAGCCGGCCUCAGCAGGGGCAGGAGGCGUCGCUGCCCCUCCGGCUGGCAACAGCUUGGCAGAAAAGGCUACGCAGCAGACCUGAGGGGAGGGGCUGACUGGCUCAGACUCUCUGGGGACAGAGAGAGAUGGGGUCCCUGAGCCAGCCCCUGCCCACCACAGCAUCCCCAGGUCCAGUUAUCUCUCUUGUCAUUUGGUCCAGAAUCAGUUCUCCUUCUCCGGGACCAAAUUCCACCUCUCUAAAAAUUCCACAGAGAAGGUUCCAAGGCCAAGCAACCACCCGAUGGGGGCCACAAGAUCCCCGGGCGGCCUUGGGAGCACCAAGAGUUAGCUCGAAGAUCCCCUGGGCCUCCCACUCCGGGAGCCAGAAGCGAGGGCAGGGCAGGGUCCCUGAUGAAGAAGGGCUGGCCACUGGGCUCUCGAAGCAGCCCCCAUAUUGCCCCAGCCAACCGAGCCCAGCUUCCGGAGGGUCCCUUACUGCUCCUCCCUGAGCCCUGGCAUGGCCCCAGGGGCCCUGCUGACAGCACCCACAGACACUGCCUACACCACCAGGGGCCCCACGGGUGCCAAAGUGCCUUUCAAACCAAACCUUCCCUGGGGGUUUGGGUUCUUCCAGCCUUUGCCUGCCCUGAGGCCAGCCCAGUUCACGUCCGCUCUGGGGCACUUUCACCCCCCAAGGGCCUCCUCUCAGCGGAGACAGGGCCUGCCGCUCCCUGCCGCUCCCUGCUUCCAGACGUGACCUUCCAAGCCUGCUUCCCUCCUGCUGACCACACUGGGCCCUUCUGGCUCUCUGCAAUGCCACUACCUGCCCCAAGGCCUCCCAAGGUGUGACCUCCAACCCAGCACUGCUCUCAGUGGAGUCCAGGGACCUGCAGCAUGGGAAUCUCUAGGGUGGGGCCCAGCAGGGUGCUUUAGCAGGUUCUCCAGAUGAUUCUGAGGCCUACCAGGUUUCAGCACCAUUGCUCUGAUAGACUGUCCUCCCAGGAGAAGCAGUGUGGAGCAGCAGAGAAAGUCCUGGCCCUGACUGUGUGCUGAGUGGGACCCAGGAAAGGGCCCCUUCCUGAGCCCCCACGUCCCCACCUAUAAAAUGGGCUGGUUAGCCUGCAUGGUCCCAGAGCUCCCAUCUAGCCCCACCAUUCUGGGGUUUUAGGAAUGAGCAGCAGGCCUCUGGGGCAGUGGUGAAGGAGGUUUUCAUUCUUGAGCCCUUGGCCCCAACCCUAAGCUAACUAAGGCCCCCAGACUUGAGCAGAACACAGGCCGGUGGUCUCAUCUCAUAGUGGAACCACUGCCCCUUCCCCUCAGCCCCUCUGCCAUCCCUCUUCCUUGACGCCCUGAUCCUGGGGAUACCCCCAUGGCCUCAGCUUUCACACACGUGAAGGCUGUGUGCCCACACCCCUGCCCCCAUCCACUGGGGACCCUGAAGACCCACAGAGGGAUCACACAGGAACUGGUUGCCCUGUGAGAGUGCUGGCUCUGAAGCUCAGUAAAACUGGCGGCUGGGUGAGGGGAGGAGGGGGCUGGAGCCUCAGUCUGCCUGUGAUGACCAUCUUGGUGGCAGCAGGGCAGGACUUGGGCCCCUCCUCACCAUAUCUUCCCCCCAGCCCCACCCCAAGACUGAACCUGCUGAUUUCCAGCUCCAAGCCCAGCCCCACAAGGCUUUCUUCCUUCAGAUGGAGUUGAUCACAUUUGUUAUAGCAAAGGACUGUUCAGCCCU